AUGCCAAGAAACGGUCGAAGAAAACGUUCUCUUAGCUCAGGAGAAGAUAGUCUAGUUUCUUAUUACUCUAAACAUCGAUGCCUAGAAAGAGAAUACAGCCCUGUUUCUGAAACUCGCCAUUUAAAACGUGGCAGUUCACCAAUUCGUAGCCGGGAGCGGAGGCAUAAUCGUCAAUUGACAAGAAAUCGAAGCCGCAGUACCCGACGAAGUGACCGAAAGACAAGAAGACACAAACAUCGUAAUGAUUUUCCCGAUAGUCACGCGAAGCCAACAUGUGUGGAUGAUCCGGGCAGAUGCUUUUCAAGUAACAAGGAUGAUGACGACGGUCACCUGAUAUAUCACCAGGGCGACAUGCUGCACUCCAGAUAUGAGAUUAACACACUGUUAGGUGAGGGAACAUUUGGGAAAGUCUUGGAUUGUCAUGACAGAAAAAGUAAUUCAUAUGUUGCUGUGAAAGUGAUCAAGAAUGUUGAAAAGUACAGGGAAGCUGCAAAACUAGAAAUCAAAGUACUUGAAAAGAUCCAGCAAAGAGAUAGGAAUGGCAGAAGCUUGUGUAUUGUGUUGCUCGACUGGUUUAACCAUCAUGGCCACAUGUGUCUUGUGUUUGAGAAGAUGGGUCUGAGUGUGUUUGACUUCAUGAAGGACAACAAUUAUGAACCUUAUCCACUGGAACAAGUCAGACAUAUCUCCUACCAACUUCUUGUUUCAGUAAAGUUUCUUCAUGAUAUGAAGCUGAGUCACACUGAUCUGAAACCAGAAAACAUGCUGUUUGUGAAUUCUGACUGCAAUGUUACAUAUAAUCCAAGACUGAAACGAGAUGAGAGAGAAGUAAAAAGUUCUGACAUGCGUCUGAUUGACUUUGGAUCAGCAACAUUUGAUCAUGAACAUCACAGCACUGUUGUUUCUACAAGACACUAUCGUGCUCCUGAAGUCAUUCUUGAGCUUGGCUGGUCAUAUCCAUGUGACAUGUGGAGUGUUGGUUGCAUCAUGUUUGAACUGUACACCGGCUUCACUCUCUUCCAGACUCAUGAAAACAGAGAACAUCUUGCGAUGAUGAAGAGAAUAUUGGGUCCUAUACCUUCCCAUAUGGCUAAAAAAUCUAGAAAAACCAAGUACUUUUAUAAAGGUAAACUAGACUGGGACGAAAGAAGCUCAGCUGGAAGAUACGUGAGAGAGAACUGUAAGGCGCUUAAGAAAUACAAACGUGGAGAUGGAGAGACACACGAACUGUUCUUCAACCUCAUCGAACAUCUGUUAGAAUACGAACCUGAUCGCCGGUUAAGCGCCAAGGAAGCCAUCUGUCAUCCAUUCUUUUAUGGAAUGAUAAUACAUUCGUCAGUAAACAGACAUUCACACAGCAAGAGUAGAUGACUAUUAACAAGGAAAAACACAAACACUCGGGCAUACUUCGCUCGCACGUUAUUCUAUUACGCUCUACUUUUUAUUUUUCUCCUUUUCUCUUUUGCUACUUCCAUGUAGCUGAAAACGUUUCGUUAUUAGAAAAGCGGUGAAGUAAUAAGAAGUAGACUGAAGCGUUCACGAGUACUGUAUGUUUACCCCCAUACCUCCCCUCCCCCGUGACAAAUAAUGACAAGGCAGAAUUGUUAAAUAAUGAUUCUAACGAGAGCUGCGAUAUUUAACACUUCACAUACGUGAUGUACAUAACGGACAUAAUGAUCAUACAAUGUAAGAUGGUAGUUACGAAAAACUGUCAGCCAGUGUAUUGGACAAGUCAUUGGCGAAUCUUCCGACAUAAAUCCAGUUUGCAACCUAUUUUUCUUUUCGUUCCUACGCGGAAAUGAAAAUCAUUUCAUUCUCUAACGAAGUGUGAACAGCAAUAUGUCAUUGUUUUUAAUGUUGCUUAUCAGGAUGUGCAGACUUAUUUUGGUCGCCUUUACGGAGAAUUUUAUUCAGAAUAUUUUAUGGAACAUUCAUUGUGCAGUGUUACACGUAAGAUGCUUAUAACGACAUAUAAUGAGAAGAAGUGAAUAAAUUAUGGACAGAGAAUUUUA